GUGACCAGGAGCCAUCCUGAGUUACCAACACACUGCAGGCUGAAGAAGACAGGCUCAACUCUGCCAGAGGACAAAAUCAUCCCACGUUUCCUUGUCAUCCUUUACCAUCACCCAAAAGAGGAUGGACCUCGGUGAGAUCGUUGUGACUGAACAUCACAGUGAGAGGGAGCUCUACGAGAAGGAGAUGCCAAGAGCCCAGGACCUGCCGUGGAGAGGUGGAAACUGGAUCCACCAUGGCUUUGGGUAUCUCACAGGAGAAAUGAAGGAAUAUGGAGAGUGGAUGAAAAACAAGCCCUUAAUGGUUCAACUGGUGGACUGGAUCUUGCGAGGGACCUCUCAGGUGAUGUUUGUCAACAACCCUUUCAGUGGGCUGAUCAUUUUAGUGGGACUUUUCGUCCAGAACCCCUGGUGGAUGCUCACAGGCUGCACUGGAACCACUGUGUCCACCUUAACUGCGCUGGCCCUCAGUCAGGACAGGUCAUCCAUCGCAGCCGGGCUGCACGGCUACAACGGGAUCCUGGUGGGGCUGCUCAUGGCCGUCUACUCUGACAAAGGGGAUUACUACUGGUGGCUUCUCUCCCCCGUGGCAGUGAUAUCAAUGGCCUGCCCAGUCCUGUCCAGUGCUCUGGGAUCCAUCUUCAGCAAAUGGGACCUUCCUGUUCUCACUCUGCCCUUCAACAUUGUGGUGACCCUGUACCUGGCAGCCACAGGACACUACAACCCCUUCUUCCCCACAACCCUCAUCAAGCCUGUAGCUGCAGUGCCCAAUAUCACCUGGUCUGCCAUCAACGUGCCACUGCUCUUACAAUCCAUCCCAGUUGGUGUUGGUCAAGUGUAUGGUUGUGGAAACCCCUGGACUGGAGGCAUUUUCCUUGUGGCUCUGCUCAUCUCCUCCCCACUGAUUUGUUUACAUGCUGCAAUUGGAUCAGCUGUGGGGAUGUUUGCAGCCCUGAGCAUUGCAUCCCCGUUUGACGGCAUCUACCUUGGCUUACACAACUACAACUGCGCCCUGGCCUGCAUCGCCGUCGGGGGCAUGUUCUACGCCCUGACCUGGCAGACCCAUUUGCUGUCACUUGCCUGUGCUUUAUUUUGUGCCUACUCCGGAGCAGCUCUUGCUAAUGCCCUCUCUGUGCUCGGGCUGCCAGUCUGCACCUGGCCUUUCUGCCUCUCCGCACUCCUCUUCCUGCUGAUCAGCUCAGAAAACCCGGCCAUCUACAGAAUGCCCCUCUGCAAAGUCACCCACCCAGAAGCCAACCGGAUCUACUACCUGAAGAUGAAGAGAAGGGCCUCGGAGAGCAGGAGGGAAGAGCAGAAGCGAAAGGAGCAGAAACCUUCUGACAGCUCAAAAAUAAGCACUGGGGGCACCCCCCUGUGCACCCCCAAGAGCCGCCACGCUCACUGAUUUCAGGUACACACAGCUGUGCAAUUUGGGGGCAGCUUGUCAAACGUCACCCAGGCACAGCACAGCCACAAAGACCACUUUUGCCAGCCAUCUGCAGGCUGGGGAUUCAGCAUUCCACACUGGAGAAAUCAUGGUUUGCCCUUGAGCUAAGCUUUCCAAAAAGCACUCAGGUAACAUAAUAACAGCUGCCUUAUCAAUCCACUGGCUGUUAACUUGAAAGUCACCUCUUAUCAAUGAUAAUUAUAAGAAUAGGCAGAAGAACAUUAAAGCUGAUGAAAGGCAUUUAAUUUCAGAGGUGUAAUUUAACAAAAUAAAUAUGCUGAGAAGGCAUUGGUGCCUAAUAAUAAUAAAUAAUGUAAGAACUAAGUCA